AUGUCGCAAGGUGGUUCCCUGAUCCAUAUAGCAUAUUCACUGCCUCAGUACCCUGCACACUGGGCCCUGCCGUCUCAGACGUCGGACGGUAUGGCGACCGGUGAGAGGCGAUCAAAUCUCAGGUUGCUCAGGACGUUAUUGAUUCUGGACCAAGGCGACAUACGCACGACUCGCCAUGGAGACUGUCUCAGACUGUGUACUUACAACGCGAGAACAGUUUCCACAGACGCUGACCUGCAUGUCCUUCUCGGAGCUGCAGAGCGUAUCAAAUUUCACGUGAUUGCUCUGCAGGAGACCAAGUACAGAAGGAGCGACGUACGACAGAUGAAUGACGGUACACUCGUCAUUCGUGGAGAGAAGAAUCCGUCGCGAAAUGUAGGCGGUGUUGAUUUUGUUGCGCACCCAUCUGUCGUCCAUCUCGUCGAUUCUCACGAGAUCCUGUCACCUCGUCUGGCCAUUCUUCGCCUUCACCCUCUGCGCCAAAAAUCCAUCAGUAUCAUCAACUGCUACUCACCAACAUCAGCAGCCGAUGAAUCCGAAUUGGACGCGUUUUGCGAGGAGCCCGCAACGAGAGUGGUUCUGAUCACCGUCUCCUUCGUGCGAAAAUACGACUUAGCCACACGAUGGAAAAGAACAUUUGCUAUCGGCAACGAAGGAGAAAAGAAGUCAUCUACGACGAUUGCGUACUCGAGGACUUCUUGUCCCAAGGUGACUGGCACAUCGAAGAGGACCCAAACGUGGACUACGAGAUGCUGCUCAGAGGAUUACGAGCCUGUGCUGAACGUGCCUCGAAGCCGCGCACGACAAAUUUGGAUCGAAUUUCGAAGACCACCAAGGAAUUCUUGGAAAGAAGGAAGGGCUUUGAGGCUUGAUCCGAAUGCAUCGCACAUUGAGCGGUUAGUAGCAAACACUAGCUGCAGAAAAGCGUUGCAGGAGGAUCUUUUGAAGAACAGGCAGAAGAAGUUUCUGGAAGCAACACAAAGAAUAACGAGUCUUAAGAAGUGCCGCAGGGAUCUCCGCGAAUAUAAUAUUCCGCUAGUAGCCUUGCUGAGCGAAGACGGGACUUGCACGUCUUUUCGUUGUGAGAUGGAAAUGAUUACGGAGGUUCUACUCGAACCUUUUCCGUUCAUCAACUCCUGUGUCAAGCCCGAUCAUCCCACUGGCGAAGCUUCACCACGGAUUCUCCCUUCGGAAGUACGAGUCGCUAUCAAGAGCAUGAAACCUGGCACAGCCCCCGGACCUAAUUUUAUAUCAGCAGACUUUCUUCGGGCUGGUGGCCAUAAGAAAGGUGACCGAGAGGACCUUCGGAACUACUGUCCGAUAUGCUUGCUGAGCGUGUUAUACAAAGUAUUUACCAAGAUCAUCCUCACGCACAUAUCUAGGACGCUGGAUGAAGCCCAGCCUCAAGAACAAGCUGGAUUCCGCCAGGGGUUCAGCUGCUUGGACCACAUCCAGACCGUGUCGAGGGUCAUAGAGGUUUGCCGGGAAUACCGCCUGCCCUUCGGCGACUAUGAGAAAACCUUUGACAGCGUCGAAACGAAUGCAAUACUGUCAGCGCUGGUCGAUCAAGGUGUGGAGGCAUCGUAUGUGAGGACAUUAGCCAAUUGCUACGGUCGAUGCAGGACUAGGAUACAGCUUUUCCACCGCCCUCUCACCAUACCCAUUGGAAAAAGGGAGGCUUUCAUCGGCGGACCUGCUCACUGGGAGAAACGCCCGCAAUCUUCCCAAAAUGCAGGCAACAUUUUUGUUCUUAGACCAGAGCACAAAGUGAAUUACUUCACCCCCGAUUUUUCGGUGUUUGAACAAAAUAAACCUAAAGACGAAGUACCAUAUUGGGUGGUCACCCUUCUAUGUGUUCAGCUGUACAAUAGAGCUGCUGCCUUAUCAGACGAGGAAUGCGCUAAUUACCACGAACUCCGGACUUCUUCCGAUUACGCGACUUUUGUCGAAGACUGCGCUGGCAAAGCAGUGCUUGGCUUCGAAAAUGGAGUGUCCAACAAAUUCUUCGCGAGCAAACUGACACAAGACGACUUCAACAGCUUAUUCGAGAACGUCGUCAAGGCUUCGUUCAAAAUCCUGAUUGAGAACACCAACUUCGAGCAGCUGAAGUUGCCGAAACUUGAGGAACUGAACGGAGGUCUCUCCAUUCGUAACAAUAAGCUGCUGAGGACGUUCCAAAUAAACAAAGCUCACAAGUUUGAUCGCACAAUCAACGGACCUACAGUUGUGACGGUUGACGGCAAUCCAGUGCUUGGUCGAGAGAGCAUGGAUAAUCUGCGACACCUUUGCGAUUACUGCGAUAUUUUCAGCUGGACGAAAUGUAGCGCAUUGGACGUAGUUAAGCCUGACUCGUACGGUGACCUUGUUAACAGAUGUGCUGGAGAGUCUAUAAUCAAGCAGAAGCCGGGUGCUCGCUUUUUCCUACGUGCCAACAAGAUGACACAGCACCAGUUCAAUUCUCUAUUUUAUAAAGCCACCCAUGUGGAAAUGUGUCUCGACUUCCAGGAUAUGCAGUGGAAAGAGAUAACCUUCCCAAACCUCGUUCGACUCAUUCCGUGUGGCUACGGAGAUCCAUCGCUAAGGAUCGUCCACAAUUACUAUUUGACUGCGAUUAAUCUGCCAGCCUAUGAUUCAGAAGGAUUUGGUCGUCUGAAUCCGUUGAACAAUGUAGAACUCAAGAACAACUUUGUUCUACCGAAUGAAGUUCUCUUAUCAUUAAAAAGUAACUGUCGUUUCUGCAAACUUGAGCAGUACAAAGAGUGUGACAACUUGCAUUCGGCAAGCACUGAAAAUGCCACUGAAUUCGUAGACAAGUGCGGAGGAAAAAGGGUAAUGACACCUAAAGAGGGUCACGUACUAAUCCUGGACAUUUCCACACUAACUCAAGAGCUCAUUGAUGAGUUAUUCAUGGACGCCACCCACAUAAAAAUGUGUAUCAUUCUCAAAGGUUCGCAGAUCAGGAGAUUGCGAAUGCCUCACCUCAAGAAGGUGGAGUCAUGCCAACCUGGCAGGCCGGCGUUUGAAAUCGAAGGAAACAUGUACCUGGAAGUGAUUGAGUUGCCUCCUGACUUUGACUUUAACGUUUACGAUUACAUAUUCCACAUCAGCAACAAUCCCAGACUGCCAAGAGAAAUCCUCGUUAUCUUCGACCGUUGCAGAGGGUGUUCGAUAGAAACAGAUACUAGAUGCUCAAUGACGAGUGGUGGAUACAAAACGGUCUACGAAUUGCUACAAUUCUGUCCUGGAAAAAGACACAUCGUAUUCCAUGAUGAGAUUAGUGUAACCGAAUAUCAACUCCAGCAGCUCUGUUCCGAAGCAAUAUUUCUACAAAUGUGCUUCAAAAUCGUCAACACCAACUACAGACAAAUCAACUGUCCAAAGUUGAUGUACAUGAAACCAUGCGUGCAAGGAAAGCAAGUGCUCACAAUUGUUGGAAACCCGCUUCUAACUGAAGUUACUAUCCCGCUCAACGUACUCUAUCCAAAAGGAGAGAAGAUCUUGAUUGUCAAAAAGAACCAGAAACUGAAGCAACCAACCAUUGAGAAAUUGAAGCAGAUCUGUCCGGUUUGUGAGAUCGAAGGUUUCUUCUCAAAAUGCAGCGGCAUGGGACCAAUCACCGAUGUUAACGCGUUCCUCAUGCAGUGCAGUGGACAACCGUUUAUCGAUGGAGCGCCUGGCGUGGUCCUAGAGGUGGACCUUUCUCACACCACCGAGGAGCAGCUAAACGGAUUAUUUGCGAAUGUCGAAGAGAUGCAGAUCUGCAUUACUAUCAAGGGCUCUAGUAUCACGAGGCUGCGCUUCCCAAAACUGACGAGAUGGAGGUCAUGCGCACCUGGGAGAGCUGCGUUGACAUUAAUAAACAACUACUACCUGGAAUCCCUAGAAUUCCCCUCAUGCAAAGGAUGUGUUGAUAGUGCCAUCAUCCGGAACAACCCUCGUUUGCCAAGGACGGUGAUCGUAUUGAUUACCAGCUGGUGCAGUCAAUGCAUAGUAGAGGAGUAUGUUCCAUCAUGCGGCCUUGGCGUUGGAGGAUUUAGCGCAAUUGACUUUGUUAGGGCUUGUGCUGGAAGAGAUUUCAUUAAGCCCGAAGGUGGUCCUGUUUAUAUAAGGUCCAGCGAAGUGUCAGAAGCACUAUUCAACGCAUUCUGUUCCAAAGCCGUCUACAUGGAAGUGUGUAUCGAAAUAUCCGAGUCUUACUAUAGGAGCAUUCGAUGUCCGCACCUCAGAGAAGUCAGACCUUGCGAGCCAGGAAAGCAAGUUUUUACCAUCGUUGAUAAUCCACGCUUGGUUGUGGUCGACAUCCCAGCAACUGUCCUGUAUCCUCGAAACGAAAAGAUCCUUCGUGUAAAGAAAAAUAAGGUACUACCGCAAGAAAAUAUCGAGAAGCUGAAGAGGAUUUGUCCAGCUUGUGAGAUCGAGUUCUACUUCUCAAAAUGCAGUGGGUUGGGGCCGAUCACCAAUGUCGACGCGUUCGUCCAGCGAUGCAGCGGACAACCGUUCAUCGAUGGAGCAGAAGGGGUGGUAUUAGAAGUCGAUCUUUCCCGGCAGACAGAAGGACAGAUCAACGGACUGUUUGCGAAUGUCGUCGAAAUGCAAAUCUGUGUUACGAUCAAAGGAAGCAGCAUCAGGAGGCUCGUUUUCCCGAAGCUGAAGCAAUGGAAAGCUUGUGCACCUGGGAGAGCUGCGUUGAUAUUAAUAAACAACUACUACCUGGAAUCCCUAGAAUUUCCCUCAUGUCAGGAAAGAUGUGUUGAUAGUGCCACUAUCCGGAACAACCCUCGUUUGCCCCCGACGGUGAUCGAAUUGAUUACCGGCUGGUGCAGUCGAUGCAUAGUAGAGGAGUAUGUUCCAUCAUGCGGCCUUGGCAUUGGAGGAUUUAGCGCAAUUGACUUUGUUAGGGCUUGUGCUGGAAGAGAUUUCAUUAAGCCCGAAGGUGGUCCUGUUUAUAUAAGGUCCAGCGAAGUGUCAGAAGCACUAUUCAACGCAUUCUGUUCCAAAGCCGUCUACAUGGAAGUGUGUAUCGAAAUAUCCGAGUCUUACUAUAGGAGCAUUCGAUGUCCGCAUCUCAGAGAAGUCAGACCUUGCGAGCCAGGAAAGCAAGUUUUUACUAUCGUUGAUAAUCCACACCUGGUUGUGGUCGACAUCCCAGCAACUGUCCUGUAUCCUCGAAACGAAAAGAUCCUUCGUGUAACGAAGAACAGGAAACUCCCGCGAGAAAAUAUCGAAAAGCUAAAAAAGAUUUGUCCAGCUUGUGAGAUCGAAUUCUACACUUCAAAAUGCAGUGGGUUGAGGCCGAUCACCGACGUCGACGCUUUCAUCCAGCAAUGCAGCGGACAACCGUUUAUCGAUGGAGCAGAGGGAGUGGUAUUAGAAGUCGAUCUUUCCCGCCAGACAGAAGAACAGAUCAACGGACUCUUUGCGAAUGUCAUUGAAAUACAAAUCUGUGUUACGAUCAAAGGAAGCAGCAUUAAGAGGCUUGUUUUCCCGAAGCUGAAGCAAUGGAAAGCUUGUGCACCUGGGAGAGCUGCGUUGACAUUAAUAGACAACUACUACCUGGAAUCCCUAGAAUUCCCCUCAUGCCAAGAAGGAUGUGUUGAUAGUGCCAUCAUCCGGAACAACCCUCGUUUGCCAAGGACGGUGAUCGUAUUGAUUACCAGCUGGUGCAGUCAAUGCAUAGUAGAGGAGUAUGUUCCAUCAUGCGGCCUUGGCAUUGGAGGAUUUAGCGCAAUUGACUUUGUUAGGGCUUGUGCUGGAAGAGAUUUCAUUAAGCCCGAAGGUGGUCCUGUUUAUAUAAGGUCCAGCGAAGUGUCGGAAGCACUAUUCAACGCAUUCUGUUCCAAAGCCGUCUACAUGGAAGUGUGUAUCGAAAUAUCCGAGUCUUACUAUAGGAGCAUUCGAUGUCCGCACCUCAGAGAAGUCAGACCUUGCGAGCCAGGAAAGCAAGUUUUUACUAUCGUUGAUAAUCCACGCCUGGUUGUGGUCGACAUCCCAGCAACUGUUCUGUAUCCUCGAAACGAAAAGAUCCUUUUUGUAAAGAAAAAUAAGGUACUGCCGCAGGAAAAUAUCGAGAAGCUGAAGAGGAUUUGUCCAGCUUGUGAGAUUGAAUUCUUCUUCUCAAUAUGCAGUGGGUUGGGGCCGAUUACCAACGUCGAUGCAUUCGUCAAGCGAUGCAGCGGACAAUCGUACAUUGAUGGAGCAGAAGGAGUGGUAUUAGAAGUCGAUCUUUCACGCCAGACCGAAGAACAGAUAAACACACUGUUUGCAAAUGUCGUAGAGAUGCAAAUGUGUGUGGUGAUCGAUGGAAGCAAUAUCAGGAAACUCGUUUUCCCAAAGUUGAAAGAAUGGAAAGCUUGUGCUCCUGGCAGGACAGCGCUCACAUUGAUAAACAACUUCUAUCUGGAAUACCUGGAAUUCCCUUCAUGUAAACAAGGCUGCGUCAGUAGCGCGGUUAUCCGAAACAACCCUCGUUUGCCAAGAAGUGUGAUCGAAUUGAUUUCUAGCUGGUGCAGUCGAUGCAUAGUAGAAGAGUAUAUUCCAUCUUGUGGCCUGGGAAGUGGAGGUUUCACCGCAAUUGAUUUCGUCAGAGCUUGUGCAGGAAAUUCCUACAUCAAACCCGAAGGUGGUCCUGUUUAUAUAAGGUCCAGCGAAGUGUCAGAAGCACUAUUCAACGCAUUCUGUUCCAAAGCCGUCUACAUGGAAGUGUGUAUCGAAGUAUCCGAGUCUUACUAUAGGAGCAUUCGAUGUCCGCACCUCAGAGAAAUCAGACCUUGCGAGCCAGGAAAGCAAGUAUUCACUAUCGUUGAUAAUCCACGCUUGGUUGUGGUCGACAUCCCGGCAGCUGUCCUGUAUCCUCGAAACGAAAAGAUCCUUUUUGUAAAGAAAAAUAAGGUACUACCGCAAGAAAAUAUCGAGAAGCUGAAGAAGAUCUGUCCAGCUUGUGAGAUUGAAUUCUAUUUCUCAAAAUGCAGUGGGUUGGGGCCGAUCACCAAUGUCGACGCGUUCGUCCAGCGAUGCAGCGGACAACCGUUCAUCGAUGGAGCAGAAGGGGUGAUAUUAGAAGUCGAUCUUUCCCGGCAGACAGAAGAACAGAUCAACGGACUGUUUGCUAAUGUCAUCGAAAUGCAAAUCUGUGUUACGAUCAAAGGAAGCAGCAUCAAGAGGCUCGUUUUCCCGAAGCUGAAGCAAUGGAAAGCUUGUGCACCUGGGAAAACCGCCUUGACACUGACGUACAACUUCUACCUGGAAUACCUGGAAUUCCCCUCUUGUCAGCAAGAAUGCGUCAGUAGCGCGACCAUCCGAUACAACCCUCGCCUGCCAAAAAAAGUGAUCGAAUGGAUUUCCAGGUGGUGCAGUCGAUGCGUAGUAGAAGAGUAUGUUCCAUCUUGUGGUCUGGGAAUUGGAGGUUUUACCGCAACUGAUUUCGUCAGAGCUUGCGCAGGAAGACCGUAUAUCAAACCUGAAGGUGUUACCAUUUGGAUAAGGUCAAGUGAAGUAUCAGAAGAAGAAUUCAACGCUUUCUGCUCCAAAGCAGUCUACAUGGAAGUGUGCGUUGAAAUUUCGGACUCAAACUACAGGAGCCUACGAUGUCCUUACCUCAAAGAGAUCAAGUCUUGCCAGCCAGGGAAACCCGUGUUCAUAAUCGUCAAUAACGAGCAGCUGUCCACUGUUGACAUCCCAACGACUAUUAUUUUCCCCAUCGACACGAAGCCAUUCGAAAUUUAUGGAAAUCCACGAGUACCUUCCGAAUGGCUGAAUGAAAUGAAGAGAAGAUGUCCUGGAUGUAGAAUUGAAGGAGCAACUGGAUGCGGCCUAACCACGACGGAAUACACAGAUAAGCAACUUGUGCAGGCCUGCGCAGGAAAGACAAUAAUACGGCCUGCCAAAGGAUUUUAUUUGACUUUGAGCUCAGAGUUUGCUACUGAAAGUGAAAUGAAUGCAAUUUGCUCAAAAGCUGCCUACAUGGAGAUAUGCAUCAUUAUUAGGCUGUCCUCGUACAAAGCGUUACGUUGUCCCUUCUUAAAGGAACUGAAGCCUUGUCUUAAAGGUAAACCAGCAAUAACGAUAGUGGACAAUCCUUUCUUCGAAGUUCUCGAAAUUCCAACCACCACGACUUAUCCAGAAGGGGAGACGAUAGUUGAAAUUAAAGGAAAUCCACUGCUUAAUCCGAACGUUCGUACAAAGCUGAAGUCAUGGUGUCCACACUGCACAAUCUUGCCAGAUUACGUAUGCGGGAUAACGACACCUCAAUUCACUACGAAGGAAGUUGUUGCCGCUUGUGCAGGAAAGAAGUUCGUGAAGCCCGUUCUCAGAGCCGUUGUUAUAACUGCGACUGAUGCAACCGAAGAUGAACUAAACAAUCUCUGCUCCGAAGCUGAGUUUAUGGAGAUUUGCAUCGAAAUCACUAAUUCGCAAUUUAGAAGUUUCCAAUGUCCAAAAUUAAAGGAAUUGAGACCAUGCAUGCAAGGUAGGCCGGCUAUCAAGAUUGUUGGGAAUCCACGUCUCUCUGUUUUGGUGAUCCCUACCUCUACGAAAUAUCCAUCCGGUGUUAAAAUCGUCGAGAUUGUAAAGAAUCCACUGCUUGAUGCUAACAUUCUUCGGCCACUCGCCGAAUGGUGUCCCCAUUGCAACAUCAAACUCGACUACGCGUGCGGCAUCACUAAAGAAAGAUUCACAAUCAAGGAACUUGUCGCUGCUUGUUCAAACUAUAAAGUGAUUAUACCACCACCUGGCGUAACACUAGUGAUCACAUCCGAAAUGGUGACAGAGGAAGAGCUGAACCGAAUGUGCGCAAAUGUUGUCCGCAUGGAAGUGUGUAUUGAGAUCAUAAACUCGAAUUUCAAACGUUUCCGAUGUCCAAAUCUAAGGGAAUUGAAAUCAUGCGAAGGAGGCCGACCUGCUCUUGUAAUUAAAUACAACCCUUUCUUGGAAGACAUUUUAAUCCCUAUGGAAACAAAAUAUCCGCAAGGAGCAGUAAUCGUUAAUUUUGCACGGAACCCUUCAGUUCCACCCAGGACUGUUCAAGACCUGCAAACAUGGUGUCCACAUUGUCCCAUCACUAUUGAUUACGUGUGUGGACUAUCCAACGAACUGAUUACUGUUCCACAAGUUAUUGCUGCAUGCACCGGACAGCAGUACAUUAUUUCAUCCCCAGGAAUUGUUAUCACUCUCAAAUCUCAGUUUGUCACUGAAAACCAGUUGAAUGCGUUGUGCUCAACAGCGCUUGUUACGAAUAUCUGCAUUGAAAUCAAAAACUCUAAUUUCAAAACUUUGAGAUGCCCGAAACUGAAAGAAAUCAUACCAUGUCAAGCAAAUCAGCCUGCUAUCCAGAUUGUCAACAAUUCCUACUUUACACAUCUCGACAUCCCUAUGACAGCUAGGUACCCUACUGGUGUGAAGAUCGUUGAAAUCCAGAUGAAUCCAAUGUUUGACCCAGUUAAUCUCAAGAAGAUCCAACAAUGGUGCCCAGGCUGCAUCGUUACUGGCGACUAUGCAUGUGGUCUGAACAAACCCAAUCCAACUACAGAAGAACUUAUGCGAGCAUGCGUCGGCAAGCGGAUUAUUGCUCCAAUGCCAGGAAAUGAGUUCAUUUUGGACUCAAAAGAUUUCACGGUUGAAGAGUUCAACGCUUUUUGUUCAAAAGUCGUCCGCAUGCAGGCUUGUAUUAUCAUUGAGAAAUCGAAUUUCCAAAGGAUAGAAUGCCCAGAACUAAGGGAGCUGAAGGCUUGCCGACCAGGCAAGAGGGCUUUCACUAUCGUUGAAAAUUUCAAACUCGUAAGCAUCGUUUUUUCACCGCUACUGGUGAUCCCAGAGGGAGAUUUGGUCUUCGAAAUCAGAGACAACCCACAUCUUCCCGAGGAAUUACUUAUAUCACUGAGGAAAUUGUGCCCGGGCUGCACCAUCUCAUUGGAUACAGAUUGUGGAUUGACUCAACCGUUCACAAUAAUGGAUCUCGUUGCUGCUUGCGCUAACAAAGUGCUCAUAAAGCCAUCAAAGCCACUCAUAAUAGAAAUCUUCUCUAAGGAUGUAAGCGAGGCACAAAUGAAUGCGUUAUGCGCUAAAGCAGCUUACAUGGAAAUCUGUAUUACCAUCUCGGAAUCCAAUUACAAGAGAUUUGAGUGCCCGGUUCUGCGAGAGCUGAUACCCUGUGCACCAGGUCGUGUGGCCAUCACAGUUAUAGAUAACCCUUACCUCACACAGUUCUUCAUCCCUGUGUCGAUAUCGUAUCCUCGAGGAAGCAUAAUCCUUGAACUUGGUGGGAAUUCAAUGCUUCCAUGGGAAGUAGUUGAGUUGUACAGGAAAAAUUGCCAACUUGCAUGCAGAUUCCCAACAAGUGAUGCUUGCGUGCUACAACCUCGAAACUACCUAAAUAAGGAACUUGUUUCUACUUGUGCCGGAAAGUCGAAGAUUAAACCUUUGAGUGGUUACCUCCUCAUUGUGUCAUCGGAUGAAGUACGAGAAUCCGAGAUGAAUUCUCUUUGUUCAAAGGCAAAAUCCAUGCAAAUCUGUAUCACCAUUAGUAACUCACAUUUCAAGAGCUUGCGAUGUCCAUAUCUGAAGGAAUUGAAACCAUGUGAAGAAGGCAAACCCGCGAUUACUAUCGUCAGCAAUCUGUAUUUCUCCACCUUUGAAAUAUCUCACAACGUACGUUUUCCUCCUGGUGCACUCAUUUUCGAAAUUAUAGAAAAUCCGAGUCUUCCGGCAGAUACCAUCAGAAUCCUCAAAUCAAUCUGUCCACGAUGUCGCAUCACAUACGAUUAUGAUUGUGGUCUUGUGCGUCCAUUCACGGCAAAACAGCUUGCUGCUGCUUGCAAACAACACCAUAUAGUUCGACCUUCACCGGGCUACAUACUCGAGUUCACAUCAAACGAUCUGACUGAAAUGGAAAUGAAUGCAAUGUGCGCGGAAGCGAUUUACCUGGAAGCCUGCAUUGUCAUCUCAGCAUCCCAAUACAGCAGUUUCCGAUGUCCUAAGCUGCGAGAGUUAAGGUCAUGUCAACCAGGGCGCGCUGCCAUCACAAUUAUAAACAAUCCUCGCUUCCAAGUGCUCGAGAUUCCGCCGAGCGUUACCUUCCCCCGUGGUGCAAUUAUCUUAGAAAUUUAUGGAAACCCUCUUCUUCCAGAUGAUAUUUUGGAAAAAUAUAGGAAAUUGUGUCCACAUUGCAAGUUUGGAUCUGAAGGAGAAUGUGUCCUGCAACCACGUGAAUACACUGACAAGGAACUAGUAAGGACUUGCGCUGGAAAGAAAAUAAUCAAACCUGCAGAAGGGUUUUUCUUGACGCUUUCCUCGCAGUUUGUGACAGAAGCUGAGAUGAAUGCUCUCUGUUCAAAGGCAACUCAUAUGCAAAUUUGUAUUACAAUCAUUGACUCAAACUUCAAGAGCUUACGUUGUCCAUAUUUGAAAGAACUGAAACCUUGUCGACCAGGAGAACCAGCAAUCAAAAUCGUGCGAAACUUCCAAUUCUCUGUCCUUGAAAUUCCAAACACCUUAGUCUUCCCGAAAGAAACCAUCAUUUUUGAAAUUAGAGAAAAUCCACAUCUACCCUUACAGAAAAUUAAAGAACUCUCACUGAUAUGCCCGCUGUGCCACAUAACCGCAAAUCUCGCGUGCGACUUGGAAAAGAGGCACUAUACUGAUAAGGAACUAAUAGCAGCAUGUGCAGGAAAAACUAUAAUCAGACCAGCAGAAGGAUAUAUGCUGGUUCUUAAGUCCAAAGAAACAACAGAAGAGGAAUUUAACGCUUUGUGUUCGAAGGCUAUUUACAUGGAAAUUUGCAUAGAAAUCACCAAUUCACAGUUCAAGCGACUACGAUGUCCAUUUUUGAGAGAACUUGUUCCAUGCCAAAAAGGUCGACCGGCUAUCAAGAUUGUCGGCAAUAUUCAAUUCGAAACUCUCGACGUUCGCGAAGACCUUAAAUAUCCCGCUAAUGAACCCAUACUCGAGAUCAGUGAAGUGCCACAUAUGGCGCUCGCUCAUAUCAAGCGCCUUCAGAGAAUGUGUAAAAAUUGCAAAAUCACGGCCAACCUAGGUUGCGGACUCAACAAAAGGACGUACACAGAUGCGGAGAUGGUUGCUGCAUGUGCAGGAAAGACAAUAGUAAAGCCUGCUGAAGGAUAUAUGCUGGUGAUGUCAAGCGACACCGUAUCAGAGGCUGAGAUGAACGCAGUCUGCUCAAAAGCAGUUUACAUGGAGAUUUGUAUAGUGAUACGAUCGUCUUCGUUCAAAUCUUUCAAGUGUCCUUACCUCAGAGAACUCAAAUCCUGCAAACCUGGUGUGCCAGCGAUCAGGAUCGUUGGAAAUCCUCUUCUCACUGACGUCUCGAUAUCGAAGACGCUGCUUUAUCGUGUAGGAACUAGAACGCUGGAAGUGCGGGGAAAUCCAAACCUCUCAAGGAGAUCAAUAAUGGAGCUCAAGAGGCUUUGUCCAAAAUGCAUUAUCAGGAGGCAACCGUAA